CUAACUUCCAUUUCACCUUCAUGCAAGGAUUUCGGCGUUGAAAAUAUGAGUGCGGCUGUUCCAAAUCGUAUUGUAAGCGCGUUAAGACCCCGUGCAAUUAAAUAUGGAAGCUUCAUAGUACGAUGGAGUGAAAAAUUUGGCAAAUAUACAUAUAUUAGAAUUCGUCGAUCAUGGAACGUGUUAAAAGUAGAAAUGGCACCACCAACUCUAGCUGACAUGCCAGAAAUGGCAGCAACAGCCCAAAAAUUACUGAAAUCUGCAUUCACUUAUAAAUUCAUAAACUUAACUUUCAGAGAAAUGACCAUUAACCUAAUUAUAGUUAUUGAUUUAAUUCUCUGUUUCUUCUUGGGAGAAAUUAUUGGUAAACGAAGUUUGGUUGGAUACAAGCUUCCACCAAGGUACACCAGAGCUGUUGGUACAAAAGAACUCAUUUCUGGAUAGUUAAUUUCUUUCAUUGUAUUUAUAUAGAUUAAAAUGUGACUAAAUUCUUA